UUUCCUUUUUUUUUUAAGGCCGGGGGUUGGGGAGAGCGGAGCCAGGGAGAGGCGGGGACCUCGGAGUCGCGCUGCGCCGCGAGGGCUCCCCCGGGUGUAGACGUGGGCGGCGGCGGCUCUGGGCCAAAGCUGAGCACCGGCGGGGAAUGGGGCUCGGGGACCCAGCAGGCGCGAGUAGGCCAGGGGUGCGGGGAGGAGCCCUGAUGUAAGAAUGUUAAUGAGAGGCUCCCCCGGCCCGGCCCCCGCCCCUCCCCCCGCCGCGGGGACAAGCCCGGCCUCGGCGCGCCAUGUGUGGUAACGCGCCCGCCGCUGCCACGCUAUUUAAACACCGGCUAUGGCUCCAGGAACCCGCGCGAAUCAAUGGGAUCAAACGCGGAGGAGGUGCGCCGUCAAUUACAAGCACUUGGACAAGUCUAACUUUUUUUUCUUCUUUUACAAAUAACGCCUUCAAACGCAACCUUAGCAACGCCCAAAUAAGAAGCCACCUCUAAGCCAAAUAGCCUAUGUGCAAAGGAAGGGAGAAUAUAUAUAUUUAUGAUAAGGCUAUAUGUACGUUGCAGACGCACAGGUUUACAUUCGGUGAACUUUUUUCUUUUUCUUUUUUUUUCUUUUGCUUUUUGAAAACCUAGGGACACUGCAGAGGAGUCUUCCUCUCUAUCUUUUGGCACGUUCCUGAAGGGGGGGGUCUUCUGUUUUCUUGGCGCGCCCGACGGGGCGCAGGGACAGAGGCGAGAAGAGUGGGGAGGACCGGGACAGGGCGGGCGGGGGGCCGAGGGCGAGCGGGCGUCCGGGGCGAGGGCUCGGCGGCGGCGCGAUGCGGUCCCUGCUGCUGCUGGCUGUCUCGGCGUGCGUGCUGCUGGCCCCGGCGCGGCUGGCGGGCGGCGCGGGGCGCGGGGAGGGAGAGGCGCCGGCGGCGCCGAGCAUCGAGGUGCUGGUGCUGCUGCCCCGGGACGACUCGUACCUGUUCUCGCUGGCCCGGGUGAGGCCGGCCAUCGAGUACGCGCUGCGCAGCGUGGAGGGCAACGGUACCGGCAGGAGGCUGCUGCCGCCGGGCACCCGCUUCCAGGUGGCCUACGAGGACUCGGCCUGCGGCAACCGCGCGCUCUUCAGCCUGGUGGACCGCGUGGCGGCGGCGCGCGGCGCCAAGCCCGACCUCCUGCUGGGGCCCGUGUGCGAGUACGCGGCGGCGCCGGUGGCCCGGCUGGCGUCGCACUGGGACCUGCCCAUGCUGUCGGCGGGAGCGCUGGCCGCCGGCUUCCAGCACAAGGACAGCGAGUACUCGCACCUCACGCGCGUGGCCCCCGCCUACGCCAAGAUGGGCGAGAUGAUGCUCGCCGUGUUCCGCCACCACCACUGGAGCCGCGCCGCCCUCCUCUACAGCGACGACAAGGUCGAGCGCAACUGCUACUUCACCCUCGAGGGCGUCCACGAGGUUUUCCAGGAGGAGGGCCUGCACACGUCCGCCUACAGUUUCGACGAGACCAAAGACCUGGACCUGGACGACAUAGUGCGCUACAUCCAGGGCAGCGAGCGAGUGGUGAUCAUGUGUGCCAGCGGUGACACCAUUCGGAGCAUCAUGUUGGCGGUGCACAGACAUGGCAUGACCAGUGGAGACUACGCCUUCUUCAACAUUGAACUCUUCAACAGUUCUUCCUACGGAGAUGGCUCGUGGAAGAGAGGAGACAAACACGACUUUGAAGCUAAGCAAGCAUACUCAUCCCUCCAAACAGUCACCCUACUGAGGACUGUGAAACCUGAGUUUGAGAAGUUUUCCAUGGAGGUGAAAAGUUCUGUUGAGAAACAAGGGCUCAAUGAGGAGGAUUACGUGAACAUGUUUGUUGAAGGGUUCCACGAUGCCAUCCUCCUCUACGUUCUAGCGUUACAUGAAGUGCUCAGAGCUGGCUACAGCAAGAAGGAUGGGGGGAAGAUCAUCCAGCACACUUGGAACAGGACAUUUGAAGGUAUCGCUGGGCAGGUGUCCAUAGAUGCCAACGGGGAUCGGUAUGGGGACUUCUCCGUGGUCGCCAUGACGGAUGCUGAAGCAGGCACCCAGGAGGUGAUUGGUGAUUACUUUGGAAAAGAAGGCCGGUUCAAAAUGCGAUCCAAUGUCAAAUAUCCGUGGGGCCCGUUGAAGCUGAGAAUAGAUGAGACCAGGAUUGUGGAGCAUACCAACAGCUCUCCUUGCAAGUCGUGUGGCCUAGAAGAAUCAGCAGUGACAGGAAUUGUUGUUGGGGCCCUACUAGGGGCUGGUUUGCUAAUGGCCUUCUACUUUUUCAGGAAGAAAUACAGAAUAACCAUUGAGAGGCGAAAUCACCAAGAAGAAAGUAACAUCGGGAAGCAUCGCGAGUUACGGGAAGAUUCUAUCAGAUCUCAUUUUUCGGUGGCUUAAAAGAAACGCUCCCUUUUGUCUGCUUGAGAUUUCUUAAAGAGAUAAAUGGAAGGAAAGACAUCAGUGGAACAGAAAGGGCGUUCUUGGAGAAUUUCAUUCUUUCAUGCAAUAGUCAUUUCACUUUAAAUUUCCUUUAGAAGCUCAGGAAUGAUUAUUAAUCACUAUCUGCCUCCCGGCCUUUCAUCUCAUGGCAAACAAAUAUAAUGAUAAUAACAUCAUUCUAUUAAGUGGUCUGACUGCUGGAAGGGUAUAGGAGUAGAUUUAUGUUUUGAAAGCCUGGUGUCUUCAUAUCUUGAUUGCUUUGGGGGCAUUUCACACAAGGAUAUAAAAAUGUGGUUUUUCUGAAAUGAAAUGUUUUGUAGCUAGAAUAAAACAAUUUUUACAAGUAGAAUAUUCUUGGAAAGAAUUUAAUACCCAGUAAGAGGACAAUGGAAUGAAAGAAAUCUCAAGGCUGGGAAUGCAGUGCUCCUCUCUUUGGAACUGAUGCACAGGUUUGUGGUUGACAAGGGCCAUGUCCAAUGUCCACAUUCAGGUCUGUCUUCAUAUCUCAAGAAAGGACCCUCCCUGUCUCUUUCAGUGUCUCAUAAGAGAUACCUUGGAAAACUGUAAAUAUUAGUGAGCUAGGAGGAUUUAUAUAAGAAGAACAAGUCUAAAAUGUUUCUUUUAUGAUGUAAAAAAAGCCCUACUUCACACUAACAUUUUAUUUUUAAGUAUUUUAAUCUUAUAUUUUGGUAUUAGAAAUGUGUCUAUUUUUUCAUUUUGAAGAUUAAAUUUCACUUAUAUUGUAAAAGCAUGGAGGAGGUGUGUGACCAGUCUGUGGUGAUGGAGGAUGGUUCUCUUUGUCUCUGCUGUCCACUCUCCCUUGGCUGUGGCUGCUCUGUUUGCAGAUGUCCAGAAAUAUGUUCAGCUUACAAGCUCUAAAGGAACACGUUAACUUUAAGCCAUUUUCCCCUUUUGCUUGUUUUAAAUGUACAUUAUUGGAGGGCUAUGUCCCUUCUAAUUACAGCCAAAUGAUACACUUCAAAACCAAGAGAGGAUGGUCGGUAGAGUUAAGCAGGGUCCAUAGAGAAAUGCAACUCCUUUCCCUGAAGAACAGAGAGUGAGAAUUUGACAGUAAAGCACAAAAGUAAAAGUAAAUUUAAAAGAUGCAUACAAUUUAUCAAAAUCUGAGGUGAUGAUCUUGAUUAAAAUAUUCUGUUUCCCCUUAGCCCCACAGAGUUUUGCAGCAUCACAGAUGGUCCUUAGCUUGGACAGUAAGCGAGAACAGACAAGUGCAGAGUGGCCACUGUUGAGCCAGCGUUUGCUGGGUAUCCACUCUGCCCUCAGUUCUGUGCACGGAGGUUUAAAAUUGAGUUCCCACUUCAUCAUUUGAGGAGAGGACAAGGUGCCAUCUUGUAAAAGCAUGGAGGAGGUGUGUACCUUUCCCGGUAACAUUUUGAGCAUCUGAAGCAUGGUUUAAAGAGGAGAAAUUGCAUAAUUCCUAGGAGGCCAUAUUCACUCAGGUUAACCGUAGAGGAGCCAAGUAAGCACAGCAAGUUCUGAAAGCUGUCCCAAGCUUGCUUCCCUGGGAAGGAGUGAAUCCCAUCUCAUUGUCAAGGUGAAUGGACUGCUUCUGUGUGAGGUGAACUCCUUUAUGGUUCAGGAAAUGGGAUGCAAACCACAUGAUAAGAAGAAUUAUUCAUUGAACAAUGGAAGGAGCUACAUUGUGGUUCUGCACAUGGGAAAAGUGUGAACUUCAGAAAGAGUGAAAAAAGUAGGCAAGAAAGGCAAACUUCCAAAAUCUAACACAGGAGGAGAGUUCGGGAAGUAGAACUCAGGAAAUCAGUGGCUGAUAGGAACUUACAUCACUUCUGUGCAAUCAAGCUUGAUCCUAGAGGACAAAGAAAACAGUUGGGCAGGUUGCAGCCACCUCAGUUAUCUGUAUUGGAGAGCUGAUUUCUCUCUUUUAAUUUUUUCAAUGACGUUUUCCUUAUAUGUUAGAGAUAUUCAUUCUCUAAUGUGUAUUUUUUUGAACCUGUGUGUUAAUUAUGGGAGGGUGGUGGUGGGCAAAGUCCUCUGCUUGGCUAUAUUCAUUGGGUGUAAAUAUUUCUAUUUCUAUGUAAAACCUUUCUUGAAUUUAUAUAGUGCCCCAUUAAUGGCAGCAUUGUUACAACAAAACCCUUUAUUUCUACUCUAGCUAGAGGAAUUAUUCAAGUUUAAUAGAGUAUUCCCAGAUUAGAUGUUAAAGAUGAGAAGGGAGCAGGAUGAAUCAUAAGGUCCUUGGAGUCUUUUAUCACAAUUUUAAAUUAAUUCUACAAUUAUCAAGGUUGAUUGCUCACUUACAUGUCUCCUACAUAGUUUUUCUUCCUUGAACCUCUUCCUGUGCCUCGGCAAGGUGGCCCAUGUCUUCAAUCCCAGCACUUGGAAGGCAGAAGCAAGUAAAUCUCUGUGAGUUUAGGGCCAUAUGCUCUACAUAGUGAGUUUUAGGUUUGCAGGGGUUCCACCGUGAGACCCUAUCUCAGAAAAAAAAUGAAUCUUUAUCUGAGUUGCCAAGCUUCACUAAGUUUUGAAAACACCACUAAGUUAGGAAGUCUUUGCUAAGAAUGUGAUGUCUGUUUCGUGGUGGUCCUGACUUAAGACCUCUUGGUAUUGCAUUGUAGGACUUAAAUUCCUAACUGCUAAGCAAUGGCUUUGACAAUUAGUCAUUCAUAACCUGCAGUAGCCAGCGAUUAUAUAAUAGACUAAAUGGGACUUCAGUUCUUAAGCCGUUCUAUAAAUUUGUACUCUUAAAGUCAAUGAUUAAGGUUUCUCAUGAUUAAGGUUUCUCAAUGACUAAAUAUUUUUCUCACCUAGUCAGAUAUAAGUGCAUAUACAAGCUUAAAUAAGCAUCUAAUUAUGGUAUUGGAAGUAAACAAAUUUUAUAGCCAACAUAUUGUCUUAGAUUUGGGAAAGAAGAUGAACUCAGAAAUAAAACAUUAUGUGUAGAGUCAUAUCUGCCCCCUAACCCAAACAGAGGUUUUACAAGAAAACUUGUCAACACUAUAUUGUGCUGAAGAACCAUCAUCAUGUCUUUUCCUGAACCAAAGAGCCCUAUAGGUCUUAACAUAGUUCUUUACAUUUCAGAAUUCAUGGAGGAGAGGGAGAAUCCUAUGGAAUGAGAACACAUGCCUCCCUUUCCUCUUUUUCUUGAAUGAAAAGCUUCGGAAUGUCAAGUCACUUCUUCCCGCUUACAGGCGCCCUGUGCCUUUGCUGAAGGCACAUGUGCCCUCUGUAUCCUUAACUUACCUCUUUUCUUCUGGUUUGGACUGAUGGUAGGGGUCUAAGACCAGCAGUAGGAAGGAAAAAGAGAGUCAGAAGCUGUUUCCAGUGGCACCAUUGCUUUCUUGAAGCAGAGCUACUUGUGCAGGUUUUUUUUUUUUAAGAUACACACACACACACACACUAAAAAAGAAUGAAAGACUAGUGUUUAUAAAUUGGAAAAUAUUAAUGCCGAUAUUUCUUGAGACACUGAGGAAUUCAGUGCCCCUGUGAAGGCAGGUGAAAUUUGGCCCCUCUACCUACACGUCAUGGGUUUUGUUUAGUUACACCCAGCGGUUCAGGACUUCAGAAGGAAGGUUGUAAUGAGCUGAAUUUCUCAUUCAGUGGAAAAAAAGGAAACUGUCUAGAAACACAGGAUGUUUUAGGGGCAGCGUAGAAACGGGGAAUGAGCUAGUGGCACUGGAGGGACCCGUGUCUCUUCCAGUUGGUCUUCAGAACUGGAGAAUAAUGAGAAGUUUAGCCCCUCUUCAAUAGCCAGUCUCAACAAGAAGCGUUGGGCAGGCCCAGUUAGAAGAACCAGGAGUUUAUUUCACCCAAGGCAACAGAGGGAAGAACUUUGCAGGUGAUUCUGUAUCUCCUGCGUUUCUUCCCAGGGCCCCACCUACCAUCCACCAUGUCUCUACAUAUGUGUUAAUACUUUUCCCAUGCAUGUGGCCUCCACACUCACUCAGAGAAAGCGAUGAAAUAGCACUGGCUGUAAGGAGGUAGCUGGAUUCUAGUCAGGAGCCUGACAGUAACUUGAGCAUGCAUGCCCUGGGGCAGGUCAAAUCCGUAAUUUUCAUGUACAUAAAUGAGCCUGUCUUUGGUUCUCAGCAUACAGAUUAUUCAGGUGUCUUCUGCAGGCCUCUGGGAUGAAAAUAAUGCUCAAAAGGCACUGGGCUGGAGGUUGUUCAAAUCUCUCACUAACCACUAAGGUUAAUUCAUACCAAACUCUGAGUAUUCUGAACCAGCUGAUGCUAGUAUUUAUGUUUGAAUCACUUCCAACACAAUCAAAAGGAUUUCAGUGAGAGCUGAAUUUCAGAGGUAAAAUUCAGUAUGUUACAAGAAAUGCUUUGGUAUAUCAGGAAUGAGAUGAUUUCUAGUGGAGAGAUUUAACAAGUAGAGCUCAGAGCUAAUAAAACAUGUUACAUUUCUUUGCUUCACAUUUAAAGACAUAAAUUUAUAUGCACAGGGACAAAGGGUCCAUUUGCCACGCAUGAAUCAUAACAGGCUACCAAAUUUAGUUUUUAUUUUCUAGAACAAAGCUGUCAUAGUACACACUCAUUGUUGGGUAGAGAAGGAGUUACUUCCACAAAGAAAGAGGAAAACAUGGAUUUUAACAUGGAGUGUCUUACUCAUUAUUCAAUGCCUGUGUCUGAAAAAUGUUCAGUGUGGUAGAGCAUGUAAGUCGACAAUGAAGUGCCCUCAAUAGGCCAGAGGCCCUGUGGUUCUGAGAAUCUGUGUUUUGUUCUCUGUGCAUAGCUGAAACCAGGGAUCAUGAGCUCGGCUCUGCAGAGGGUCAAUCCUGCAGCCUGUAUCUUUUGAGCCAUAUUCAUGGACAAUCUAAAUAUAGGGCCAUCAAACCAUACAAACCUACCAUGAGUCUGGGAGAGAAGUCAAAGCUGUACUAGGUAGAUACAGCUUACUAUUCUAAUGUAAGUAGAACUAUCUGCAUAUAAUGUGAUUUAAUUUAUUGUUGUUUUGUGUAGAAAGUGAGAAUUAAUGACUGUGGAUAAUAGCCCUGUUAUGUAUAAUAUAUUUUAUUUCUGGUGCAAAACUGGUCAUUUAAACAAUCUACUUCAUUUGGUGUUUGGAUAUAAAUGUGUAUGUGUUCCUGUAAAAGUUUCUAUUAAGCAAGAAUGCCAUAUGCCCCCAAUAUAACAAUAUGUUCUCAUUAAAAAAUAUACUCUAUAGAAA